UGACGUAUUUUUCGUACAUAUUCAAUUUAGUUAGCGUUAAGUUUGAGUUGAUAAAUCAAUUUUUAAUCAUAUUUUACGAAUAAUUUGUUUAUGGUUAAAUAACGCGUGAAAUCUUAAAUUGGUGAAAGUUGAACUGUACUAAUAUGUCUGAAUCGUCCAUAAGCUUUUCUGAACCUGUCUCCAAAGAAACUGCUAAUCAAUUGACUAUUGAAUAUUUAAAAUAUACCUUAUAUUGCCGUGGUCAAUUUCCUUUCCCCCUUGAUCAACUAAAAAAAUCGGUCGUCAGGUCUGCUCUACAGCGAGAAUCUUUGAAAAAUGACAAUCAUCUAAUUUUCUCUGAUAAUCCAAAUCUGCAGUUCAACCGUUUUGGUCUUGUUCCUAAACAAAACUUUACUAUGGACAGAAAAAAACACUUGUAUGAAGAAAACAUCAAGAAGUUUGAUGAGUUCUUUAAUGAACUGUUGGAAAUCUUGGAGAAGAAGGAUGUACUUGAAGUUGUAAUGAAUUUGGGUCCCAACAUGAUGCAUCCUAAAGAACUUCACCAUAUCACACUUCCUCUAGAUUGUGACCAUGCACAAUGUUCUGAGAAAUUUGUUCCUUUUGAUAAGUGUCGUUUACAAUUUUUUAAAUCUGUCUUGCAUGAAAAUAUCUUGCAAGACAUAAAAGUAGAUUGUCUUAUGAAAAUAAGUAUCCUUUUGCUUCUUCGAACAGAUGAUGCACUCACUCAGCAAAUGGAACAGAAAAAUUUCUAUACAAUACCCAAGAGAUGUAAGCAAGUUACAGUUCAUUUCAAUAACUCCUGCCAAGUGUCUGAUACAGAUUUUGCAAACUUCACAGGUGAUUCUGUGACGAACUGUAGUGAAAUUAGUGCACAAAACAAAGGAUUAUGGGUUAAGUUAAAACCAGAUCUAAAAGGUUUCAAAGAUCUCAUGGAUGAUAAAAAAGCCUUAUAAAAUCAGAAACUUCUGUGAUAUAUUGAGUACAACUUUUUUAUUCAGUGUCAAAUCAGACAAUUGGUAUAAUAUAUUUUUUAUAUUAUUAAUUUGUAUUUUUUUUAGGGAUGUGUAUUUCUUGUUAAC